AGGGGAGGAAAGACGCGAGCGAGAAGGAAGCGCCUUUUCAAAAUCCACCCACCUCUCUCCCCACCCCCUCCAGCUCUCCGGCAGCCUUGGAAACGGCAUUUGAGCUGCCUCCGCCGCUGCGUUCGGGCAGGGACCGGUUCAAAGCAAGGCAAGAGAUUAAGCGCAGGGCGAGCUUUUCGCAGGCGCGGGGGCAGCCAGCGGAGAGGCGCCGGGGGGCCGCAUCCCAGCGGCGAAGGAUGGAACUUUGAGCGCGCCGGGGGCAAGGAAUCCGUUCCUGGAGUGGAAAGGAUCCCUCCGAUCGUCUCCAAGGCUUGUUGGAUCCAAGUCUCCAGUCUGAAGAUUUAUUUAACUGGGGUUUUUUUGGCACGACUUACUGAUAUAUAUUUUUUGCCCGCAGGCAAAUCCGCAAAGAGGAGACUUCCGUGCGCCUGCGGGGGGCUGGGUCCACUACCCACUCUGAUCUAUACGGGACGCUGUGGGAUUAAAGGACCGGCGACACCCCCCCACCAAAUCCCCCCCAGUGGUCGCAGCGGAGGGCUGUGCGCGCGCGCGCCGCGACCCGUUUCCCCGGCGCGCAGUUGCUGCGCUCUCCUGCCUCGCUCGGAACGCCUUGGAGAGCUGCCGCGGACGGAGCGCGCUUAGGACCCCCUCCCCAGCCCUUCCAGCGGCGCCCGGGGCUCCGCCUGCCGCGGGGGAAGCCCGUGCUGGUUGCCUCCAUCACUCCCCCGGAGGGGCCUUGCCCCACGUGCGCGACCCUGCGCCCAGGACCGCGCCGCCUCCGCCCCUUGCCAUCCAUGCGCUCGGCCGUGCGCCCGGACGCCUUUGGUCCUCUUCUUCUUCCUGCUUCUGCCUGGGACUAAGGCGCCUCCUCCUUCCCCCGGUGGAUGCCUCCGGGAAGCGGGCGGAGCGCGCAGCCGGGGAGGGGGGCUGCCGCUGCCGCCGCCGCCAGAGUACAUGCCAGUGCCCUCUCCUCCUGCUCCUCCUCCACCUCCUGCCGCUGCUGCUGCUGCUCUUCUCACCAGAAUGCUUUACUUCCAGAUGGUGAUCAUGGCAGGGACUGUGAUGCUGGCUUAUUACUUCGAGUACACCGACACCUUCUCGGUCAACGUGCAGGGCUUCUUCUGCUACGAGAGCGCCUAUCGCAAGCCUUACCCGGGCCCGGAGGAGAGCAGCGCGGUGCCCCCCGUGCUCCUCUACUCGCUGGCGGCGGGGGUGCCCGUGCUGGUGAUCAUCGUUGGAGAAACUGCAGUGUUUUGCUUACAGAUGGCCACACGGGAUUUUGAAAACCAAGAAAAAACAAUAUUAACCGGAGACUGUUGCUAUAUAAACCCACUGGUGCGCAGGACUGUCAGAUUUCUUGGCAUUUAUGCAUUUGGACUUUUUGCAACGGACAUCUUUGUAAAUGCCGGGCAAGUGGUGACUGGGAAUCUUGCGCCACAUUUUAUUGCACUUUGCAAACCCAACUACACCGCUCUUGGAUGCCAGCAAUUUACGCAGUUCAUCAGUGGUGCAGAGGCUUGCUCUGGAAACCCAGAUCUUAUCAUGAAAGCCAGAAAAACAUUUCCUUCCAAAGAGGCAGCUCUGAGUGUAUAUGCAGCGACAUAUUUGGCCAUGUAUAUCACCAACACGAUAAAGGCCAGAGGAACAAGACUGGCAAAACCAGUCCUUUGCUUGAGUUUAAUGUGCAUGGCAUUUCUUACUGGUAUCAACAGAGUAGCAGAAUAUCGAAAUCAUUGGUCAGACGUGAUAGCAGGAUUUCUAGUUGGCAUUUCUAUAGCAGCGUUUCUGGUUGUGUGUGUGGUAAAUAAUUUUAGAGGUAGACAACCAGAACAUGAACAUUCUCACAUGGACAAUCUGGCUCAAAUGCCUAUGAUCAGCCUCCCUCGAGUAGAGAGUCCUUUAGAAAAGAACCACAUCACGGCCUUUGCAGAAGUCACAUGAUGUUGAGACGGAUGUCUAUUCGCUGCACUGGACGUCAUCCCUUUUCACAGUUCACUCAUAAUAACUGACAUGUUUUCCAGCAGAGGAGAAAAAUAAAACUUUUGUCUGGUUUUAUGACCUGAUUAGCAGCAUUAAGAUUUACAUCAGCCUAUGAAGAACAUGCCAGAAAUGUCAAAAGUUAGGAAUAUUUUCCAACAAAAAGCAUUGCACCAUUUAGGGGAUGAGGGUUUUGGGGAGGGGAGGUAUUGGGAAAGCAUGAAUCUGUUCACAUCGCAUAAAUAUAUCAUUUCCCAUCUCUGGCUAUCCCCCCUCCCACCUAGCCAUGUAAGUAUCUGACGGAACAUUAUUAUGUCUGAUUUUUCAUUGUUAUUUUUACAUUUUAGCAUGACACUUGUUCCCAUUCAAACAGAUUUCAGUGUAUACACUUCUUUUUCUUUUCUUUUUUCUUUUCUAAAAAUCCCAUACUCAAAUGCUGUUUGCACUUCGUAUUAUGCCGUGUUUCAAAUACACAUUUAUAUCUUAAGACUGGUGCUUCUGCUUUUGAAGAAACAACAACAACAACCCGCCAAUUUUUACUGUAAUAAGUAUAUUGUAUCAUAAUUUUAAAACAAAUUAUUUAUUUGGAUAUUUUCCUGACUUCAUGUGGUUGAAUAGUUGAUUUUGUAGUUCUUGAAUGUCUACAAUGUACCCUGUAGUUAGGAUUAGAAGUGAGAACACUUAGGCAUUGGGAUAUCCUAUUAUUUUAGCGAUUAACAAUCUCAUACUGAAGGUUAAUGGCUCUGUUCUGAGGUCCAGCAUAUUCUCCCCACCCCCAUUUGUAACAUAAAAGUAAAAUGAUUGCUUUCGUUGAUAGUACUUGAAGGUUAAUGUGACAUAGCUAGCAACCUGUUUCCAAAAGUGAUCUCAAAACCUUUGAUUCUGGCAUGAAGAAGGAGCAAUAUAUAACAUGCGCUUGGCUCCCAGCCUGAGGGGUCCUCACAUCCUUCUCUCAUGUUCUGAUGAUGACGGUGAUCUUUGUUAUUAUUAUUUUAAUUUAUCACCUACCUUUCACCACAAGGUUCCAAGGUGGGUUGCGACAAUUUAAAAAUAUUAUAUUACAAAAUACUUUAAAACAAAUUAUAGUCACAAGAAUAGUAUGGUUCUAAAAUAUAUGUUGUAGCUGUGAAAAGCUAGGGUUAAGAGUUGCUUCUUCAUUGUUUGGUGGAAACUACACAAUGGAGGUGUUGGACACACCUCUGUGGGAGGGAAACCACUGCCAUUGAGAAUACCCUAUCCUGGGCUGACAUGCCCCCAAACCUUAGAGGGUGGUGGAACCAUCAAGAGGUUGCCUUCUGCUGAUCUGAGAUCUGUCCCCAUCCUUUGUGUGAAGCAGUGGUGAAUGAUGGAUCCUCCAGUGCUAGAGAGUGAAGGGCAAGGAGAAGGUUGGCCAACAUGGAGUAGCCGAUAGAGUGGGCCAGAGUUCCUCCCACUGGCGCAUUAUUGCUGUAGCAAUUGGUUUCCCUAUUCCUUUUACAAGUACGUGGACUUAAGAUGCCCAGCUCUGCUUCACUGAUAUCAGUUUCAGCACAUGCCUCUGUUCUGCAGCAGCUAUGGCUAGGUGUAUGAUCAAGAAUAAAUCACUGACAACUUAAUGAUAUAGCCCUGUUCACCCUAACAGUACCAGAUCAAUGUGAAUGGUUUGUAAGGAUUCUGUAGUCAUUUCAAUACCUAAUGUAACCAUGUUCUAUCGCAGUGCUCUGCUAUUUCUCCUGGACCUGGAUUCACCAUCUCUUAUGACUUUCUCCCGACUCCUCUCUUCCCCAAAAAGUGGAAGCACCGCUGCUAUGGUUCACCUUAAGUCAUGUUGUAGCCCUGUUGUAGGUGUUCUGGAGCACUAACUCCCAUUUUUACUGAAGGAUAAAAUCUGGAUUUGGUCACUUCGGGUCCCAUCUCUAAGUCACCAAUGCCAACCCCCUUGUUGAUUUGUUGACUCCAACCCACAGUGUGAAGUUCACCGCUCCCUACUGCUUAAGGCACUCUUGAAAAUGGGAUUCAGGCUUCCAAAUAAAGGGUCUUUUCACAUUGCCUUUCAAACACCAUAACAACCAAAGUAAAAUGGGGCUAUAUCACAGCCUUGCUAUGCCAGGAGGCUUCACGUUUCAAUUUCUUUAGUCUGGGAGGCAGUAGGGGGUGGGUGCUUUUUUUCCUUUUAAAGGACUCGUGAAAAAAUGGUCUUGAAAAUGAUAAGAAGUUUAACCAAAGUACUAUCAUCCUUCCAAUUAUUUAUUGUAUAUCUCAGGAAUUUUUUCAGUUACGCCAGGAAAGUAUGUGAGAAUACACAAGAGAAGGCCUAGUGAACAAUUUUGUACAUGUUCCUAUUUUUCAAAAUCACAAAGGAACAUAAAAUCCAAAACAUCUGUAUUUUGAGAUCUAGUUUACCCUGGCAACCUACAGACAUAUUUUCACAUUUCCUCCCUGGUGUGUCAAAGUGAGCUAGGCCUUUCUACAACAGACUUUGCACACAAUCCAAGUUAUGCACCUUUAUAUUCCCUUGAUUUCACUGAGAAAGUUAGGCAUGCACUUAAUUUCCUCCAUUUGAAAUCAGAGGGAGGGGAAAAAUGCUGCCCCUUGCCCUGAUUACCUCCCUUCCCUUUCCAUUAAUUGCUUUGAGCAAACAUGCUGUGACUUCCCCAGUAAAAAGGUAACCCAGCUCUUUGCUCCUGCUAAAGUGAAAUUUGUACAGGGCAAAUGUCCGAGGAAAAUUGUCCCUUGAGCCAUGCUUUACCCAUAUACUUAAUGUUUUGCUCUGUCUGGCAGCAGGAGAUGAAACUGCAACAUAAAUUCUAUGUGGCUCGUGUACACUUGCCAAAUUUUUAAUCAAAUGACGUGGUGCUCCGUGCCAUCCACAAUUAUUCUCAUGGGCAUUUUAUUAUCUUCAUUCAACAUGGCAAAUUAAACUCUGUUCUCAUCAACAGAAGAUCCAAAUUCUACGAUCAUCAGAAUUACAUGACUUUGGCCUUUUCUAGACUUUGCUACUUCAGACUGAGGGUUAUGGGGAGGGGGUCACGUUGUUCAAUACACCCUCUUGUUAAAACUCUCCUAAAUUUUCUCAGACUAGCAUGCCAUGAAGGUUGCAACAUAAUCUUCAACAUGUUACCUUCCUGUGUGCAGGAAAGCUAAUUGCUGUCAAUGUUUCCUUAUGUGAUCUCCCCCUUGCAGUCUGAAGUGAUGCAGUCUGAAAGAGCUGGUACCAUGUGAUUCUGCUAAUCGUGUAGCUUGACUCAAAGUGCACGAUAUUUCUUUCAGAGAUAGAUCAAAUGCACUCUUGUAUCCAGCCUGCACGAUGGAUGGUGAUGACCAUGUACCUUAAAUAGCCAAUUUCCAGCACUUGGUCUAGAAGCAUUCUUAAGGAGGGGACAUGUCUUCUCUAGGGAUGGAUACAGUUGUGUGAUUUUGGAUCAGAGCCAGCUGGCAUACAAGUGUCUCCCAAAGAUUAUGUGAUACUGUAUGGAUCUUUUAAAAAAAGAAGGGGGUAAAGUGCUCACUAGAAGCAAAGAAUCGAGCCCUUAACUAUAAGUCUAAUGUGUGUUGCGAGCAUCAUUUCUUAAAGGAUCAAUUAUGUUUGAGAAAUCAUAGCAUAUCCCAUAUGCUUCCCUUGCUUGUUUCAUUUCUUGGUCUAGCUGUUUAGGACCCUCCUUAUGUACAAUUGUUCACAACGAGGAUUUCAGGGAAAUCCUCAGCUGGUCAGUGCAGUACAGCAAUUCUGCAGAUUUUAUAUCUGAUUCUUAAGUUCAGGAAGAGACUCUUUUAUGUUAAAAGAAAGACUAUUCUUUUUCAGCAUAUUGUCUUAUGUAAAUCAGCAUGUAACUGAGUCUGUCUCUCAGGAUUUAUAAGAGCCUAGUAUUUGGGUUAAAUUGAUCAUGUUAUCUUUGUGAAUCAGCAGUAACAGGGUGGGGAAGAGACACACUGCUGUGUACUGUAUUUUUAAAUAAAGUAAUUUUUUUCAA